AUGUCAGGUGGCUAUUGUAUGGUAGUGCAGUUUGGAUCUGCAGGAGCAGCCACACUCUCUAGUAAACCGGUGAGAGCAUUGUUUGUUUUACGUGGAGUCCUCAUUACUAGUUACUUCUUGCACAAACCCUUAUUCUAUUAGUAAUAACAUUACUUUGAAGAGAACUUGAAUUUUUAUUUGUAAAUUUCUAUUUGUUGUCUGCAAUGUUAGGAAGAGCUACCUUCAGCGAAACACACCGAAUACCACCUUGUGGUCUUUUUGUUGUCUGCAACGUAAGGAAGAGCUAACUUGAGCACAACACACCAAAUACCAAUCUGGCAUCAGCUUACGACAGUCGUUUCCGAUUAGUACAGUAGCUCUUCCAGACCUCUAUUUUGAUUGGCCCUAAUAAUCAGUAGCUUCUUUUGUUUUAGAGCUAGGGGUAUUGUUUGUGUUGAAUCAUCUGUUGUUUCGUUCUGCAAUCACAGACCAUGUCUGAAAAGCUACUGACCUUCUUCCCUUCCAUUGCACCUUAAACCUGUUCACUUACGAAGAAGCACUUCCGUUUAGCGGCAUAUUUUACAGAAGAUUCAUUUCAUUUUUGUACAAGUUAAUCAGUUUUAUUACCUGUAAAAGAAUAUGUGGAGGAGAGUUGUGUUUAGAAAUGCAUACUACCCAGCGUUCGAAGAGUUCGUUGGCCUCGUCAGCUAAAUACCUUCCCAAUUCUUAAUGAUAGUGAGAGCCAACUAUGUUCGUUAACAUAGAGUUUCACUUACUCCCUCUUGCAGAUCACAUUCACAGCAAAGGCUGGUCUCCCUGUGAAGCUUGAACCGGAGACGAUGCCUGCGACUCCUACUGUUUCCAACACUCAAAGGACCAACAGCCGAACCCUGGUGAAGACACUCAAGUUACAACUUAAGGUACUAAUAUUUACUGUUUUUGGUUGUGUUCUCUCCUCAUUGUAAUGCAAAAAUGGUCCCACAUCUUCUGUUACCAGUUACCAGGUCUUUGCGACGUCGUGCGUAUAAUUGUAGGCCAGCGUUGGUGAGCAUUAACUCUGUAGAGAAACUGGUUUGUGUAAACUUUGGGAAAAAGAGAAAAGAGUUGGUUGCCUGCAAAGAUUUCGUCCGUAGUUUACUAGUCAUGAUUUCAGUCCACUUUGAAGGCGCAAAUCGCUGAAAAUGAGCAAAAAAAGAAACGAAAAAAAUGAACAACAAAAGAUGAGUCCAUUACGGCGUCAGUGAAGCGUAUCACGAAGGCGAUGACGAUUAUGUCACCAAGAAGGACGUUUACAAAGUGAUGAAAGUGCAAGAGUCGAUGUCUCGUAAUUUGUUUGAAUCCAUGUUGACCAGUGUUAACAAUAGAAGUGAUGGUGUGAUCAAAGACUUGACAGAAUUGAAAUCAAGUAUUCGUAUCACCACAAUCUUCUGUCUAGUAGCUUUCGCAACCUCUUUUUAAGUAAUAGUCAGGUUCACCAUUGUGAACCUCAACUAGCCUUUCAGCAUAGACCUCAUUUCUGUAGAACUAAUAUCAAGCAGUUCAGUAUCCUUUAUCGAGGACCAACAAUCUGGAAUUCGUUGCCAAUUUCACUAACCAGCUCUUCUUCCAUAUUUCCAUAUAAGUUUUUUGUUGGUUUGUUUGUUUGUUUAUGUUUUGGAUUUAACAUAACGAACGUAGGGCAUUUUUCUCUUUUCUGAUCUGAAACCAACUAAUGUUGCAGCUCUCGUUAGUUGCUGAUCUCUAAACAACGUUAAAAAACCCUCGUCAUGCAUAAUUAAAGGUCCAUUUCAAUACCGUAUUUAUUCGAUUAACCGCCCUGGGCGCUUAUUAAAUUUUUGGACCUUGAGAGUGGGCGCUUAUUCGAGGCUGGGCGCUUAUUAAAUUUUCACCAUUUUCAGCAAGUGAAAUAUGUUUAUUUUGCAACAAAACAAUAAAUGCUAAUAACAAAACGCGAAGAAGUAACAAAGCAAGGUUUCUGUAAAAUACUCUGAAGAAAACUCUGUCCUCGGGGAAGUCUCCUAUUGGAAUUUAUUUACUCAAGUGGGUGUGGUGGGGGUGAGCGCUUAUAUGAUUUUGAUUUGGAGGAGGAGGGGGUGGUCGCUUAUUCGAGGCUGGGCGCUUAUUCGAAUAAAUACGGUAUUCAAGAUUGCUUGAUACACAUUUGUUGAAGAACAGCUCAAACAUUUGUUGAUCAGCAAAGUGGCCUUAGGCAGCCUUGAGACAAGAUUGCUCACUCUGCUGUUUGUUUUAGGACAAAUUUGAUAACUUGACUGGUGAGAAUCUGAAAGGAAAGGUGGUUGUCAAGGUAACAACACCAUCAGAAGGCAUUGACGAGAUCCCUGCUCUGACUGGAAAUGUGUACUCCUUGGAGGUACCCCUGGUUAAGGGCGUGGCCACUGUACAGAACCUCCUUAUUCAACAGAACACUGCAGGCAAAGACGGACAGGAAUACCUGCUGAACUUUCACACUCAGAUUCCUCCUAAUUCUUCGCCUCAUCCUAUUCCCGUGUUUACAUUGGCAUUCUUGUUUUACAAUGGCAAGUACCCUUCGGUUUCAUGUAGUGCUGACUUUCUUCUUCAUGAUUAAGGGCCUGUUUACAUUGAGGCGGGGGACCCCAGGUAGGUGAGGUAACCUGCUUAGGUGGGGUAACCCGCCUGUCCAUAUAAUCUCUCAUUUUAAUUUGAUCACGUUUACAUGAUAAGUGGGGUGACCCGCCGCAUGUUGCCUCACCUAUCUGGGAUCUCCCACCUCCAUGUAAACAGGCCUUAACUUAAAGGAUAUCCGAUAAUGUGCUUGUUCGUUGUGUGACUUUUUUUGUUUUAAAAUAGCAAAUACACUGCGGUUUUCUGUGGUGCUAAUUUUCCCAUCCCUUAUAAAUAUUAACAUAAAAUAACAAGUGCCCGUUCUUUCUGCGCAGGCUUGUCACUAAGAUUUCAAGUUACCGGGUAAAUACAACAAGUAGGCGGGAAAUCAAACAGCUAGGGAUUUCGUUUGGUUCUAUUUUUCUUCUCUUUUCCAAUGAAAGUAGCUGGGGGCCACAUUCAUAGCAGCUGGGGGAAAUCCCCGGCCCCUGGCUCUUAGUGGCAGCCCAGCUGCGACCUGGUUUUGUUUACAGUGGCAGGCACACUUCGGUUUCCUGUAAAAAAAAAAAAAACUUUUAAAUUCCUAUUUCCCUCUUCUUGAUUAACUUUAAAAAAACUUCUUUUUGUUUGUUCAACCUUUUGUUUUAGAAUGGCAAGUACACUUCGGUUCUUAUAAAGAAGUGUCUAAUUCCACUCAUUGAUUAACGUAUCUGCUUAUUCGUCGUUUGACCUCUCUAAAUCACUUCCUUUUACUUGCUUUCCACCUUGUUAGGUAUUUUGUUAACUAACACAACAUAUUUCAUAAACAGUACUAUACUUUUUUGCUUUUAGAUGUGAGGAAACAGCAACAGAUGGCUCAGCUGACAAAAGAAAGAGAUCACUUAUUUGAGACGAUACGCACCUACCGGCUUCUUUUUGAAACUACGCGACAACUCAUUAACGAGAUGCAAGGUUGGUGGCUUAUUUUUGGUUCUUUGCAGUCGACCACAUUAACAUUCGCCCACAGAGGGAGUGAGACGCAAUAAUUUUGUCUUAUCCUUAAAGUCUCGAGAGUAACUAACAUCAAUUUUCUCCUAACAAUAUCCAUGCACAAUCAAAAGAAAAGGUUAUGAGAAAUAAUAAAAUGAUCAUCAAAAUGAAAAUGCUUUGAUUUUUAUCAAAUUCUCUCAACUAAUUCUGUAAGGAAAUAUAUGGAGAUCUGUAGAGAGAAUUCUUAUGUGGAUAUUGGGACUUAAAAGAUUACUCAUUAAGUCAAUGUUUCUCCAUAAAAAGAUUCAAAAGCUGACGCAUUAAGUGCUAGCCCGUCAUCAGAGCGAAUUGAAACUUGAUAACACCAGCUUUUUUUAAAGAUUUGAACAACCAAUUUUAUAAUUGAACCAUAACCUUUAUUUUUGUACUUUACAGUGUCAGUGCAUGAAGCUUCUUUACAAGAACAGAAGCUGAGAGGAGAACUCAGAAAACAAAACAUCUCUGCAAGCAGCUUAGCAUCGGUAAGGAGUAAUCCUGGUACAGGAUCGAGCCACCCUAAGGGAGUAGUUAGAGUACCAAGCUCAAGUCAAGAGGUCGCUGUUUUCGGUUUAACCAGAGGUCCCCUCUUUUCCACAGAGACCUAGCGGAGAGUAGAACACAGGGGAGAAAACGUACGUGGUGUAUGCUGGGAAGGGGAAGAGAGGAAGCGAGGUUUCCGCCAUUUUUCUUUCCUUCGUUCACACGACAGCACUUUCGAGUUAUAAAAGAAGUUAUGUUCUUGUCGUCGGAGCUUCUGUUAGGGUAAUAUGAGGUGCAUAUGUAGCCACACUGCACUGGCUGGUUUUGAUUAAAGUUGGAUCUGAGUUCAACUCCUUGGCCAUGCCUGUUGGUGCCUCUGAAGCUUUUACGUUUACUUUCGUUUUCUUAUUUAGACGAAGUGCUAGAAAAUUGUGGAUGAUGCCUCAUUUUGUUACCGUGCGUACGUUUUGCAUUUUACCGGAAGGUCUCAUUUUGUAAAAAUCAAUUCGCACCAUAGAUUAGUAUUGUUAAAUAUCCGUUUCAUUUGAAUGGUCACACUAUAACUCUGGGAGUGAAAGAGUUAAUCACUAGAGAGCUUUAGAUUUGAGGAGGAGAACGAGUAUGAGUAUGAGAUUUAACAUAAAGUUUCAGAAUCUAAGCCCUCUACUGCUUGUUUGUUCUUAGCCAUCAGCUGUGACUACAUUGAUAGAUGAAAUGUCAAAAAAGAGAGAUCAGAUCGCUAUUACUCCUCGCCGACAGUGUCUACUUCACCCUGGACCCCGUGGAGACUCUGGUAUUCUGGGAAAGGUUUGUUCAGUUUACUUUUCGAUGAGUUCACACUAUGCUUUAGUCUGACAAUUUUUUUCCCUUUUUCUAAAGCCAUAGCAAAGAGUGAUUUAUAAUAACCGUUAUGCAUGUUUACGUCAGACGAGUAUAUUUCACCACCCAGCCUCGUUUUGAAGUUGAAAAGUUGCCAAGUUGUGCAUAAAUGAAUUCCCAGGGCAGAAAAGUUGAAAAGAAUAUUCACGCCCAAAGGGUGCAAAUGCAAACAGUUUUGUUUACAAACGAGGUUUGGUGAAAUUUGCUCGACUGACGUAAUUAUGCAACUUCAAAUCUUAGUGACAGCCCUGACCUCGGUAAUGAAGACACUUGGCUCUACCUCGUCGGUAUACUUUUGUUGCGUGUUAGCGCUAACGCUGUUCUCUGUUCCCCCUGCAGGUAGCUCAUUUAGCUCAAGUGGUAGAUGACGACGUUGCGCGAGUACUGUCGUGGCACAUGGCAUCCGAUAUGGACUGUGUCGUUACUCUCACGACAGAAAAGGUUUGUUCUUAGACUUUCAAAAAAGUCCUUUUUCCGAUUUAAUAUGGCGCGGGACGAAGGUCGACCUUUCGCGACUUCGUCGUACGCUUGGUCGCUUGCUAAGACACUCGUGCUGUCGACUUCUAGCAAGUCUAGUUCGUUCCCUAAACCUCGUGUUUUGCCUGCUGUGCUUUUCGCUCAUCAUAAAUUCUCUCCCCUUUUGGGUAGCUAGUAUGUACGUAAGUUAUGCUGUUCCGCUCUAUCCUAUUCUACUGGACCUGUCGUUUUGUGCUCUGUAGGGUGUAUUUUUUAUUGCUGACAAGCGUUUGCGAGGUAGCAAUACUAUUGUUUGUGUAGCGAAAAAUUCAAUUUUGUAGUAUUCUUUGUGUAGCGGCAAAUUCAAUUUGUGUCGAAUGUAAGAUCACCCGCAAACACACUUGGACAUGACUAUCUUAGAGGUCUUCUUAUAUGACGUAGUAUAUCCGCACAGCGCUCGAUUGAAUGUUCAAGUUCCUGACAAACGGACAAUCUUGCCUGUUUAAACUGUCGAAUUAAUAAAAUCAAUCGAGUUAAAGGCUUCCGUGUUACCUCAGGAAUGAACCGUAACUUAAGUAUUUGCCUUACUGGUCGAAAGCACACUGAUUUCAUGAGCGAAUGUUUUACAUCAACGGGCAAAGUCAACGACUAAUAUUUUGGCACAAAACUGUAAAUUCCUCUGCUGCUUAUUUCCUGGUAAUAAUUAUUACUGUCUCACUUCCAUGACCUCCACACAAGUCCUUUUGUAGCUCUCUAAAAUAACCAGUAACAUUUAUCUAGUUUUUUUGUCACUUUUUGAAUAACACGGGUGGCUGUUUAUUUUCAGGCAAAACAAGUGUAUCGGGACUCUAAUGGCCAGCAACAAGUGCUACCCUUAGAUUCUAUCUUCAGACGUAGUUUGCCAGAAUGGAAUAGGUACAGACCAAAUUAAACCCAGUUAUCAUAGACGCUGUGUCUCUCAGGAGUUUUCAAACCCAAACCUGCUUAACAAUUUUACACCAUAAAUCCUCUAUUAAGACCCCCUCUCAAAUAAGCCCCCUCUCACUAAUAGGCCUCUCCUUUUCAGAGAAAGAAAGUUAAUAAGCCCCCUUCUCUUUAAGCCUCCAUCCCCUCCCCUCCGCUUAUUAUUCUUCAUUAUUUUAAUGAUAGACUGUAUUAAUCAGUCACGACAGUAAAACAUCGUGUGGACUGAUCCAGGACGGUUUAUUUACCAACUAGAAGUUCGGAAUUGUUAUUGAUUUUCGGCUGCAUGACUCCAACGUCUUGUACUGGAACUUUUCCUCUUUGUAUUCUAGUUCUUUAUGGUGAACUGAUACCAUCGUUUCUUCUUAAUUAGAUAACCCCCCCUCUCUCUAACCCCUCCCCCACCUCAAAUGGGCUUGAAAUAAAUAAGCCCCCCAAGGGGCUUUAAUUGAGGAUUUACGGUAAGUUGGUUUUUUUAACCCAAAGAAAAUUCAGGGAGUGCUCAAGUAGUGCCGAUCAAGUUUAUAAAAUUUCCUGCCCGGUUUUAUGAGUUACUCUACUACAUUAAAAUGUACUAUACUGUUAUCUGCAGGUUUAACCUGGCUUACACUCUCAUUCAUUCGCGUAGUCAGUUGUGAUGUCAUAUAAUGGUGAUCUAUCUUUUGAAUCUGUAGGCGAAUUCAUAUAGAACCCUCUAUUUCGGUAGGACCCUAUGCGUGAUUUUUCUUUCCUGAAUUUGUGAAAAUUAGACUAUUAACUCCCAGUGCAUUAGAAAAAGUUAGCAAUGCUUGCAGACAUGUCAGCAGUGGCCUGUGAAUAUGCUAGUGAGCACGCUCAAGAAUUUUCCAGUGGCCUCAGAGUUUUAAGCCUGUAGCGUAGCUUAGCAAUGAGUGGCCAUUAAUACUGACUGUUAAUUUUAGAGCUCUUCCACAUAUACGAGGUCAGGGCAGUUACAAUCCGUCUGGUAACCCUGUGUACGCAAGAGAUAUGUUGAUGUUUCCAACAGAGGCGGAAAAUUGCAAGCUAGGUAAUACGAAUGUGUAUGCAAGAGUACUUAUUGUAGGGCCUGUGCGACAAUAGACCAUUAGAUAAUCAUUAGCCUGCUCUGUGUUCUCUAGUUUAAAAACAACUGUUGGGCCAACGCUCGAGAGGCGCCGGCGGAAUCUCAUGCGCGAGUGGCAAGCAGAUUGGCUCAUUCGAUAAGUUCUUGAAUGGAGAACUUCUCUAAGGCCAAGGUAAUUUGCUUGAAAGAAAGCAGUGCUGAGGGACGUUGAAUAGAAAUGAAUUUUCUGUUUAGGAAGGUGAACGUUUCGCUUACCCGUUGUCAAAGAGAUACCCAUUGGUGGAGCUCCGUGAUUAGUUGCAACAAGCUAGCGUAAACGGCAAGAAUCAGUUACAUGCUCCCCCCUCCCCCAAAUUAGCCGGACGACAGUUUCUCCAAACAGGCAGCUAAACAUUGGCUAGUAUAGGGUACAAAUACGUUAAUCCCAGGAAACAGUCCCCCUUAAUGCACAACAUCCACUUCCCGUUUGUUGACAUUUCCAGUGAUUCCACGCUCAGAGGUAGAAAUAACUUUGUCAAGAUACAUUGUUAUGGGUUUAGGAACUACCACUCUUACGCUCCGUGAACAUCUACCAAUGCUUUUUGGGUAUCAGAGGUCUUUUUAUUUUCCUCGCGUGCGGUGGGGUGCUUCGAUGUCGGUAACAGACCGAAGCCGCGAGUCACUUUCACCAGAAAUUACACUAGAAACCUCUUUGCUGUCCGGGGUAUACAAAGUUCUUCGUGACUGUCAAAAAUUUUCCUCAAACUCAAUAACAAAUAAAUGUAUCGAGAAAACAGACAAAUUCUAUACCAUGAAUUGCGACACCUAAAUCAAACACUCGAAAGAGUUUUUCAUUUGAAAUCCAAAUAACCUUGACGUCACUAUGCCUCAUUUUUCAACUCACCUCUCGUUUUCUGCCCUAGGGGGUACUCCCUAUAAUCGCCUAUACGGAGAGACUCCGCCCGAAAGGGAUACCUUUUUCAGACUUCAGGUAUAUGGAAGGGUUGGGAUUUUACCAGUUGAAUUAUAUGAAAGUGGUGGGAAAUCUGUCAUUUGGGCCUGUGAAUGGGCUCAAAGGGCAGAACAGAUGAAUUUCAGUGUUAUGGCUUUAUAAAGUCGAGAAAACGUUUAAUUUUUGUGAUUGAUUCCUACUUAAAGGACAAUGCAUUUGCAGCAGUUAAAAGGGGUACCUUUUUCGUGAAAAAUGGUAUAUAAAAGGGUAAGGGUUGGACCUCGGGGCGUAGCCUCCCCGUAUAAAAAUUUGUUGAGUACGCUCCCGGGAUUUUCUGCAUGUUUUUUGAAACUUUCCUCGGGUUUGAUUCAUUGCUUGUCUCAUUGCAGUGUUCGGUAUGUUACUGGGUGAUACACUGAUCCUAGAUGACCUGGACUGUGCAAAUAAAUACAGACAACAGGUGAGUAUACUUGUUGAUGAUGCAUUUCAAGGUGAUGUUACAUCGGACGAUUCGCAGCAACGAUUUUUAGCGCUAGACAGCGUUGCAACAUUGUUGUGACAUUGAUUCAAAUGGUUGCAACGUUGUUCCAACAUUGCCGGCAAUGCUGUGCCACGGCUGGCUAUUUCAUGUUGUUAAUAUUGCCAAUUAAGCUUCCUUGUGCGCAAUGAAACUAAACGUAAGGGGAAAAAUUUUCUUGUAAACGACAAAAUCACAGCUUCUCGUCAAAUAAAUGUCUCUCAAGCAUUAUAUGAAACGUUAAAUACGAGCAAAAUGAACUUUGGAAACUGUUAGGCUAACAAGUUUUCAAAAAUCGGUAAUUGCAAUCCGUUUUAGUCUUCCUCAGCUGAGUUUGUCCGCCCCUGCCUCUUUUUGUAUUUGCUGUGCCAUUAAUGCUUUGUUUAAAUGUUUUGAGCGGUUACGGUAUUUUUAUGUUUCACUCAAUUUGGUGGCGGUUUCUACUGUUAGAAUUUUGAUACGUAAUUCAUGACUCAGAUCCUUUAACAUCAAUGUACUAGUGACGACAUGACAUUUUUACAUUUAGCCUAUGUAGCUGGCGGGAUUGUUAUGCCCUAUUCAAAACGGGAGAGGCUCGGAGAGGGUUGAAUCCACACCAGGCUCCAGGCUACCGUCCAGUGGAUAACUCAAUUGGUUUCCCUUAUACCUAUUCGCUAGACAGAGAUUUAUUUAUCCAGUAGAUAGCGCUGUCCAACGUUUGAACGACGAUGGGGCGGGUUUUUCGAGCCUUUAAGCUAAUUGCAAAAUUACAGACAUAGCUGUGGCUUUGAGAUAAAGCCACUAACAGACGACUGCAAUGCAAUAAAAAAACUAUUGAUUUACGCCUGACUAUAGUGAACUUAACCAAGGACGUUUUAGAGCGACACGCACCAACCAGAAGUGGCUGUUUUGCAUCAUUGGUCAGCAGUUUUUUUCCCAAAUUAAAUUUCUGGCAAUUCGUCUCAGUAAGAGUAAAGAUACCGUAUCUAUUCGAUUAACCUGCCCUGGGCGCUUAUUAAAUUUUCACCAUUUUCAGCAAGUCAAGUAUGUUUAUUUUGCAACAAACAAUAAAUGGUAAUAACAAAACGCGAAGAUGUAACAAAGUAAGGUCUCUGUAAAAUGCUCUGAAGAAAACUUCGUCUUCGGGGAAGUCUCUUAUUAGUACUUAUUCAAUUUCAAUUUCAAUCUCAUUGUCACUCAAGUCAAUAAGUGAAUUCUCUGGUGCUGCCUCCUCGAUGUCCGACAUCGGGGGGGGGAGGGGUGGGCGCUUAUUCGAGGUCGGCGCUAAUUUGAGGUUGGGCGCUUAUUCGAAUAAAUACGGACUUAACAAGGCACAUUUGUUAGCGUCAAGGUAAUGAGAAAAGGCUUCACUUCCGGUUGACGUGUUACGUCCAGAAAUGUCUUUGCUUAACCUCCCUUGUGUAUUGUUAUGAUGUAGGUUGUAAAGCACACUCAUUGUCCUACGAUUCUUACAAGAGGAGGAGAUCGCAUCAGAAGUAACGGUAAGUUAUUUAGCCCAUUAACCUUUAAGUGACUAGUGUUUAAGAUUUCUCCUUAUUCUUACACUGUUCAGUCAAACAUAAAUAUCGAUAACAUGCUGAGCUGGCAGGUCGCGCAAUAUCACGUGAUCAUGGAAUGACGCAAUGGUGAGGUAGAAUUUCUCCUUAUUCUUACACUGUUCAGCCAAACAUAAAUACCGUGAGAAAAGCACAUGAUCAGCAAGUGAAAAAAGGUCUUGAUUACGCAGGAUAUGCGUGGAGAACGUUGUGGAGAAUGUUUGUAUUAAUUUUAGGGUUUAAAGGGUCGCACCAAUCCCCGUGAUACUGUUUCUUCUAGUGAGAAUUUUAAUCUCGAUUGUUUUGCUCUCUUGCAAAGGUAAAUUCGGCGGACUGCAGAACAAAGCUCCUCCUCUUGAGAGAAUGCGCGGCGCAGUGUUCGCUGCGCCUCUUCCGCUGACAUUCCAUUCACUGACAACGCAGAUUGGUGAGUGACAACUAAAGCUCUUCUCAUUUUUCACCGCCAAUGUAUAACUCCAACAUUGCUGCUAAUGUUUUUCUUUAUUCAUUAUGUUGUCAGAACAACUACAAGCUUUUAAACAAGCCGUUAUCAAACACACACAAGCCAAGGAAGAACUUUCGGUAAGCUUUAAAGAAGCGCAUCGCAUUGGUUUUUUUCCUUUCGUACACAAACCCACCCUGCUGUCAGUCUUCUUUUCUUGAGAGCGGAUGAGAAGGGAAGUUCUGCCUGAAUCGCGUCGAGUCUUGUUUUAACCUUUUAAGUCCCAAAAGUGACCAACGUCAUUUUUCUUUAACAAUAUCCGUAUAUUGUCAUAAGAUGAGGUUAUGAGAAUUAAUAAAAUGAUCGCCAAAGAAAAAUGCCUUUGAUCAUUUAUUGAAUUCUCUCAACUUAUUCUUAAAGGAAAUGUAUGGAGAUCACUUUGGAGAAUUUGUAUGUGUAUAUUAAUUGGGGCUUAGAGGGUUAAGGCCGCUUUCCUUCUUAUCGUAUAGGUGAGCGCGACCCCAUAACUUAAAGAUUUGAAUCCGCUUUCACUACUUUUUCUGUUCAGCUCGCCAGUUUAUUUUCAAAACAAAUCGUUGGUAACGGUUAGCUGAUUUACGAAUUUGAUCUUGGAGCAUUUGAAGGGAACACUUUCUCUAUCUCCUUUCUCUAACAGCUGCAGCUACAGCACGGACAAACGCAGGAGAUGAAAAUUAAACACCGGGAAUGCAGAGAGGCUGAAACCCAGUUACGCAUGAUUGAGGAGCGUUUGGGCAUGACUCCGACCCAGUACAAUAUGCCUCCCAGUCCGGCCACUAUGCUGCUGACAGAAAUCAACACUCCACCUACAAGAACAGCUACCUCGCGUCGCUCCAGCGCACGAGCUGCGGCUGCGGCUACCGCUUCUCCGACCUUAUCGACUCCGGUCGUAAAUGGUUCGAGCAACGCAUCGGGAAACACAACUUCUUCGCGAACGAGGCGAGGUGCUGCGAUCUCCCCUGAAGAAGUAAGAACGAGUAAACGAACGCGCCGAUGA